AUGCCCAAAAAGCACAGAACCUCACUGAAGUACCCAAAACCGGAAAAUUCACCGCAUCACACGCUCGCAUCGUCAAGGGCCAAUAACAAUGGUCGGUUUCAAAGUAUCGGGACGAGGGUUCCGCAAGCUUCUGCGGAGACAUCUGUUAACGCCUUAAUUGAUCAUUUACGUCGCACCCAAGUUCAACCCUCCUCGGAGAAUCUUUCCUCUGCCUUCCAUCGUUCUUCCGCCCCUCAAAGCUCUGUGCCACCAGCUUUGCGCGACAUUCUCGAGCUCCCCGAUCCGUCCCAACCGGACCCUCGACCUAACAGAUCUCAGACUCCGAUUGGAGUACGCCCAGUUCGCAGAGUCCCUGGUCCCCCGCCACCGAGAAGUUGGACAACUAGGAGUACGAGUGGAUCUCAGGACGGUUCGAUCAACGACGAGCCCGAUAUGGAGACACCCGCCCAUAAACAAACUCACCACCUGGAUAGGCUGCCCGGGGCUAUUUUCCCCAAACAACCCAGUCUCCAGCAUACCGUCAUGGUCCAAAUGGCCAAACAUUGGCAUUCACAAGUCGAAUAUGAUGGAAUGUUUUUAUCCCAGCUGCCCAACCAUAUCAAAGUGGCCAUGCUCAGUUAUGUGGCUAAAUUCGGCUCUGAAGAGUCGCUUGGUUCCACGAAAGGACUCACUCUACUCUUCCCAACAGAGACAGAAUAUGCGGCAUUUGAAGCAGCUCAGUCUGUCAACGACUCCAUUAACUCCCAUUGUCACGAUGGGAUCGAACGACUAGACCUGGGUCUUGCCAUAGGUAAUGGGUUGACCUUUAAGAAGCUUCGGAAAAUAUUGCAAAUCUAUGCAAUUGCUCCUACUUCCACUUCGUCUGAGAGUGCAGCCCCGGAUUACGUACCAGAUUCCUGGGACGAAACUGAAACCGAAGCCGAAGAAAGUUCGAUUCCUCAAUUCAUGCCCCAACCACACCGCUUCAACAACCUCAAAUACAUCUCCUUUGCGCAUCCAAUAAAAGCCGCGGCUAAUUGGACCGACCUUGUGGACCUACUCCCAAACCUACCAAAGAUUACUCAUCUGUCUUUGGCAUAUUGGCCCUUUCCAACUUGGCAUCCCGUCAAAAUGAUGCCAGAUGAAAUCAAACGCUCCGACGCUGCAACAUACGAGGCCGCAGCGAUCAUCCGCCGACUCUCUCGCAGUACCCUUCGUCUGAAAUGGCUUGAUCUGCAAGGAUGCACUGACUGGCUCCGUCUACUAAGUACUUGGACGGAACACCAUCCGGGCCUUGGCGACGAUGUGGUCUAUGGCCCUGAGUGGAACACUUCCUGGCGAAACGUGGUCUCGCUCAACCUCACGCCUGGCUGCAAACCUGAAACUCCAAAUGCUUUGGCCAAGUACGUUUCGGGAGCUGUAAUCCCGAUUUCGCUCGAGCCAAUCUUCCGCGAAUUCCAGUGGGCUGUCAGCAAAUACCACUAUGCCGUAACCAGGGCUGUGUCUGUGCAACAGUCCGUUCGCAGAUACCGAGUGAAGCAUCGUGGGAGUGCAGUGCAUGUUGAAACUGGGGGAAAGGAGCUGUAUAGGCUGCAGGCCAUUCUGAGGAGCAUACGUCUACCUCCCCCAAGAUAUCGGUGA